AUGAACUGGAACAUGCUGGAGUUUUGUGUUAAGUCACUGAAAAACGUCAUUGCAAUGGAGCGUGCAGUUCUAAACAUCCUGGACUACAUCAUCUUGGCGGCCACUCUUAUUAUAUCUGCCAGUAUUGGUGUAUUUUUUCGAUUCUAUGGCAGCAAACAGCAGACAACUGACGAGUACCUUCUGGCGGGAAAAGAUAUGGCCAUCUUGCCAGUGGCAUUUUCCCUCAUGGCGUCCUUCUUGUCUGCCAUCGCAAUGCUUGGACUUCCAUCAGAGAUGUACCGCUUUGGAACACACAUGGCUUUCAAGAAUGUAGGCUUCAUCAUUGGUACUGUUAUCUCGUCGUACAUAUACCUUCCAGUAUUUUUUGAGGUACAAGCGCCUACUGCUUACGAGUAUUUGGAAAGGAGAUUCGGCAAAGUUGCAAGAAAAAUAAGUUCUUUCGUGUUUAUGCUUCACAUGAUACUGUACAUACCCGUUGUACUCUACGGUCCUGCUUUAGCGCUGAGUGCUGUCACAGAUCUCUCAACAUGGGUAUCAGUAGUUUCUGUCGGCACUGUUUGCACCUUCUACUGUACAUUAGGAGGUAUGAAAGCCGUCUUAUGGACUGACGCUUUUCAAGCCCUUCUCAUGUUCGUAGGGAUAUUUGCAGUGAUUAUCAAAGGAGUAAGCGAUGUAGGAGGUAUUGAAGCUGUGUUUCAAAUUGCAAAAAAAGGAGGAAGACUUGUAGUACCUGGCUUUGAAUUUGGACUGGAUGUUCGUUAUACGAUAUGGAAUUUCCUGCUAAAUGCCAUCAUCGAUUCAAUGGCGACCUUCGGCGUAAACCAAGUGCAAGUACAGAGAUUACUGACAGUCAGAAAUGUUCCGAGAGCAAGAGCCGCCUUAUUUUUGAGCAUUCCUUUAUGGGUAGCCUUUAACUUACUAAAUUGCCUCAUAGGCAUUAUCGUCUAUGCCUAUUUUGCAAACUGUGAUCCAAUAACAGCUCCCAAUGCAUCUAUUACAUCAUCUGAUCAGUUACUUCCAUUAUUUAUGAUAUCUGCUCUUAGUACUUACCCUGGUUUAGCUGGCCUGUGCAUUUGUGGCCUUUUCAGCGCUUCACUGAGCACAACGUCAUCGGCAGUCAAUUCGCUCACUGCUGUAACAAUGGAAGAUAUCAUCCGCCCAGCCCUUGGAAGGAAAAAAAUAUCUGAGCAUAAAAUAGCCUUCAUUUCAAAAAUUAUCACUUUCUUUUACGGUGCUGUGUCUUUGGCUCUGAGUUUUCUUGUUUCGAAAUUUGACAAUUUGAUUCAGGCUGGUUUCCUUAUUUUUGGACUCACUGGUGGGCCUCUUCUGUCCAUGUUUACGCUUGGAAUGAUGACACAACGCACUAAUGAAAAGGGAAUAGUACUAGGAGUAAUAACCUCUAUAAUUUUUACAUCAUGGAUUAGUUGGGGAAUCUUAUCUUAUGCUCCACCGCCAAAAACUCUUCCGAUAUCAAUUGAAGGAUGUGUUGAUAACGAAUGGACGAACGCAACCCUAUCCCCCUACGAGAUGUCGACCUUGUUUGAUGCAGUUGAAGAUAGUGCAACUAAUAGUCCAUUCUUUAUUAAUGAUACAGUACAGCUAGAAUUGGAAGUUGUGAAUCCAGUGAGCAACGGAACUCGAGUAAAAAAAAGAAUGCAAGAAAUUAAUGCAGUUGAAGAAGUAGAAAAUGUAAAUCCUAUUAAUAACGGAACUCAAGAUAUAAAAGAGUUACAAGAAAUUAAUAGUAAAUUUUAA